GGCUGAAAAACAAUAAAUCAGAUGCUACACUUCAUGAAGUUAACCAUCUUAAAAAAUAAUAAUAAUGAUAUAAGAGUGACAUUAUUUUUUGACGUAAUAACUCAUUUUAUUGACGACUAAUCAUAGUUAUGACGUCAUCGAAAUAAAUAUUUGAUUGAUGAUAGAAAGUUGAACUGCAUUUCAUCAUAAAGAAUAAAAUGUUGUCCUCUUGAUUGAAAGUGAUUGGAGUACAAGUGAUGUGUUUUUUCCCCUAAUAAGUUCGAAAAGUGCAAUAUUACAAUAAUGAAACAUCACUUUUCUACCAUAGUUUUAUUAGAUAUAAACUUGCAAAUAUAUAUUAUCAUUUUUGCCUUAUCCAUAUAUCAUAACAAAUAGAAAAACGUGCUCGAUAGAUAAGAAGUUCAUGAUAUACAUUAAAAAACUCAUUACACUUAUCAGUCAUUUUUUGUGCAAAGACAUGCUUUAUGUUCAUUGAUUCAUGUUUUUCGGCUACUUUUCUAGAUAUAUCAAGAAAGAAAGAUAUCUCAUAGUGCUAUUGAAAAUAACGAAGAAAUAUUAAGUUUUAAUAAUAAAUCUACUGAAGAGAAUUUGCUUGAAGGUUUUACAAAAUGACAUUGAUCUUUUUUAUAGUAAUACUGCUUAUUAUCCUUAAAAGUGUAUAUAUUGUUGUAAAAGUCAUCUUGACUUUUACUUAAAAAAAAAACAAAAAAAAAUUCAAUAUCUCGAACAAAUGUUGAAAUAACUUGAACAAUUAAUAGUAAAUUGAAUGUCCGUGUGUUUGCUACAUGAUUUUAUGAUAAUUAACUAUAUGAAAUAUUUAAAAGAUUGUUAGUUCAUAAUCAGUUAUUCAAAAUAAAAACUAGAGAACAUUCAAAGAAUAUUUAACGGUGAUAUUAGUUUUAAAAUAUUUAUAAUUACGACUAGAACUUUCAUAGACUUUAUAAAAUAAAAAAAAUUGUCAAAAAUUCAGUUAACAAUACUAGAUGUGAUUUAGAUUUUAAGCUAAAUCUUGUCAUCAUAAGCGUUCAACUACAGAAACAAUUAAAUAAUACAAACCACUAAAACUAAUUAUCCUAAAACACAGUAUAAAUGUCAUCGUUUUAUUUCAAUUUUAUGUAGUUAGUUCAACAGUAUUCAUAUUGUCAUGAAAAAGAAAUUUUCGAAAUUACUAAUACAUGAGAAAGUAAUUUCUAGCAAAAUUCUGUACUUAUUAAUUCAUAAGAAAGAAAUUCGAAGAAAAUUACGGAGAUCUCUUUAACAUUCAUAUGGAUAAAUGAAGUUAUUAGUCUAUAAAAUAUAGUAGUUCACUCGCAAAACUUUAAGAAUUUAUGGUAAUUUCCGAAUGGUUUUCGAAAUUUCACAGAAAAGUUUUACUUAUGAAUCAGUUAUUCAAAAAUAUCCUCAGAUAUCACCUUCUAAUGUGUUGGCAAUGUCGGAAAUGUGGACGUAUCUAGUCAUUUCUUGUAUCGUUCCUUGUUAUUCUUGAUUAGAGAUGUGCAGGACUAAGUUUUUAUGGUCCUGAUCACCGAGAUCACCACUAAAAUUGAUUCGUUACAUCUCUAUUCUUGAUAUACUUGUUGUCUAUCAGUACUCUCUUCUUUCUAUUUCCAUCAGUAAUUAUUUAAAGGUACACUUUUCCUAUUUUUUUGACCAUUUCGGAUUCUUGCAGAGGGUAUAGCUGAUCAGAUAGAAACUUUUACCACAGAUAGAACACCUGGAAUAAGGAGACAUCUGUUUAAGGAAAAAAUUUUCAUGGUAGAGUUUUCGGUAGAACCCUAGUGUCCUAUAGGAGUGCAAUCCUGAUACAUUAUGAUUCCCAUUGAACUGAAUCGGAUGCUACUGAAAUUUGUUUUGGAAAUACCUCAGAUUAUAUCUCAAUGGUAUUUUUGAGCAUUUUCGAAAAUAUUUUUUUUAUGAGAGCAAUAUGUAUAAGUUCGGAGCCAAAACCAGGGUAUUGACUUUUGGAACCUUAUAAGCCUGUAUAGGAAAGUCAAAAACGAAAAUGGCCGGUUCUACCUCUGGAAAAUACUUCCAAGUAUCUAUGGUAAACAUCUCAGUCCUAUUGGACAAAGUCAGAGCGAAUUCGUAAGCAGUCAAGAUUGAGAAAACUGGUAUUUUGCGUGUCAUUAAGUAAAGGAAAAGAAUUUCAGAAUGAUUACUAUGAAAAAAAAUUCUUAAAUUUAGUAACUCAGCAACAGUAAACUGUUUAGAGUCGAAUGAUGUCUUUACUUGCACAUAGCACUUAAGAUUAUCAAAUCUUAUGUCCAGCUCGAAAUUGAGUUUUUAGUCAAAAAAAAAAAGAUGGACGAGAAUACAUUGAAGAUCAAUUCAAUUAUGACGAAAACUUCUGUUUUGUUUGACAAUGAUAUUCUAACUUAAGUUAUUUUGAAAAACACAACGUCAGAACACUUGAAAUAACACAAUAUAGUUUCAUUUGCAUUAUCAUCAUGUACUUUGUUAUAGUUAUCUUAUCUCUAUUUUAACUCUAACAUGCUGACAUUACAAAUAUUUUACACUGAAUCUUGUUUUUGUUACAUUUGAAUAUUGUAUCCAUGACAGAAACUAAAGUAACUUAACUAUAAAACUAUUAUUAUAUGAAUUUUAUAAAAAUAUUUAUCAUCAAUAGAUACUAACUAAACAAUUAAUUCUUACAGGACUUGCCACUGGUUCAGGUGUAGUUUCAUUUGGUUGGAAUACAGGUUGUCUGAAUAAUGCACAAGAACCGAUUAGAUCAUGGAUCGUUGAGUCAUAUUAUCAUCGAACAGGAUAUACACUUUCAAAAAAUACACUUACUCUUAUAUGGAGUACUACUGUAGCAAUCUUUGCUAUUGGUGGCGCAAUAGGUGCUUUUGCAGCAAGUUUUAUCAGUCGUCGAUAUGGUAGACGAGGUGGUCUUCUUAAAGCAAAUUUACUUGGAAUAAUAGCAGCAACACUUAUGUCUACAUCAAAAUUUGUUCAUUCACCCGAAUUACUUAUUAUUGGUCGUUUAAUAAUUGGAAUUGAAUGUGGUUUAUAUACUGGUCUAUGUACAAUGUAUUUAAGUGAAUUAAGUCCUAAACGUAUUCGAGGUAUGAUUGGAUCAUUGUCUGGUUUUUCGGCUUAUUUUGGUCUUAUGUGGGCUGAAAUGUUUUCAACACCUGCUAUACUUGGAACAGAUUCACGUUGGCCUUUAAUUAUGGUCAUAGCAGCUGUUCCAAGUGUAACGCAAUUUCUACUUCUUCAAUUUUGUUAUGAAAGUCCACGAUUUUUAUUAAUGAAUCGUGGUGAUGAACAUGGUGCUCGACAAUCAUUGAGUGCAUUAAGGGAACGAUUUAAUGUAGAUGAUGAAAUAAAUGAAAUGAAACAAGAAGCUGAACAUUUAAGAGGUGAAUCUCAUGUGACAAUAAAAGAAUUAUUUACUCGCGAAGUAUUUCGAUUACCUAUUGCUGUAGCUAUUGUUGUUCAUUUCUCUAUGCGAUUUUGUGGUAUAAAUGCUAUUAUGUACUAUUCAACUGCUUUAUUUAAACAUGCAGAUCUUGGUAAGGUUGGUCCAUAUGCAACAAUUGGUGUUGGUGUUAUACUUGUACUUAUUACGUUAUUAUCUGGCACAUUGAUGGAUCGGGCUGGUCGACGAACACUUCAUCUUAUCGGUCUUUUCGGCACAUGGUUAUGUAGUGUUUUACUGACAAUUACUUUUAUUUUAACGCAUUAUGUAGCGUGGUUGAAAUUUCUUUCGAUUGCAUUUGUUUACAUAUUUGUUGUAUUCUUUUCUAUUGGACCUGGCUCUGUUCCGUGGGUUAUUCUUCCAGAAAUCUUUACACAAGGUGCUCGUCCAGCAGCGACAAGUGUCGCUGUAGUAGUUAAUUGGAUGUCAAAUUUUAUUGUUGGACUUCUAUUUCCACUAUUAGCAGAACAUGAUAAAAUAUCUGAUUAUUCGUUUGUUCCAUUUGUUGUACUUACUACAUUGGCCUUUUUAUUUCUAUGGAAAUAUAUGCCUGAAACAAAAAAACGUACUUUUGAAGAAAUUACAAUGGCUUUUCGUAGAUCUUCCUAA